AUGGCGACCCCCCGGCCCGUGACGCCCUCGGCGGGCUACAACGGCGUCCCGACGCCUCACGACCCCUCGCACCUGAGCAGAGGCUACGGCGCCUCGUCGCAGCUCGCCGUCGACGCCAAUGACUUCGCGACCACUCCCGCGAACCCCGUCGACGCUUCUCCGCUCUCACAGUCGCUGCAGCGCCAGCCGAGCGAACGACUAGGCAGAUUUGAAGAGGACUUUGACGCACGGACACGCGGUUCGUCGAUCCUCGCCGAUGGCGACCUGCCUCAGCGGUCCGCGUCGCGAGCCUCAACCUUGAACCAGGGCGCCGCUCCCUCGCGCAGCGGAACCCUGAAGAAGCGCUCGUCGGUGAAGAGGACCGGGAGCUUGAAGCGCAGCGGUAGCAGAAGAAGCUUGCACGCCGGGAGCAUACGCGGCGUGAGCAUCGACGACGAGGAGCGCGGCUCAGGCAGGCACAACAGCGUCUUUUACACCCCAGUCCCGACCUCAGGCUCCCCCACGGAGAUACUGGCCAACCGCUUCCAAGCUUGGCGAAAGCUCCUGAAGGACCUCAUUACCUAUUUUCGCGAGGUUGCGACGUCCUACGAGCACCGCUCCAAGGCCCUACUCAAGGUCUCAAACGUGAUCAACAACACCAAUGCGCCAUCCAUCUUUAUGCUCGAGGGUGGUUUGAACGAUGCGAACCGCAUUCUACGCGACUAUCACAAGCAAGCGGUAACGGAAUCGAACAAAGCAAAGGAAAUCGAAAGCGAGGUGAUCAACCAGCUCUCCGGCCUUAGAGCGGAUCUGGGUCAGAAGAUCAAGGAGAUCAAGUCAUUGAGCGGAGACUUCAAGAACUCGGUCGAAAAGGAGAAAGAGACCACGCGGAAGUGCGUCGCAGCUCUAGAAGAGUCUCUGUCUCUGGUGGACUCCGAUCCCUCUGCCAUUGCCGGCAAAGGAGAUCCGUUCGUGGUCCGAUUAGGAGUCGAUCGCCAAGUAGAGCGCCAAAUCGACGAAGAGAACUACUUGCAUAGAGCCUAUCUCAACCUCGAAAACUCUGGCCGCGAACUGGAGUCUAUCGUGGUGGGCGAGAUUCAAAAGGCUUACAAUGCGCUGGCAAGCAUUCUCAAGCGCGAGGCGGAUGAAAGCUACUCGACCAUUGAGAGGCUCCGAAAUGGUCCCGUUGGAAUGCCGAGGGACCUGGAGUGGAAUCAAUUUGUUACCAACGACCCGCAUUUCGUCAACCCGAAUCUUCCGCUGAGGAGGCUAGAGGACAUCGAAUAUCCUGGCAAGAAUCACCCCGCUGCCGCCGAGGUAAGAGCAGGCAUGUUGGAGCGCAAGUCAAAGUACCUAAAGAGCUACACCCCUGGAUGGUACGUCCUCAGCCCAACUCAUCUCCACGAAUUCAAAUCCGCCGAUCGAAUUUACACUCAGCCACCCGUCAUGUCUUUACUGUUGUCCGAUCAAAAGCUUGGCAGCCACUCGCAACCCGGAAGCAGUUCCCACAAGUUCGUCCUCAAGGGCCGACAGACCGGGUCCAUGCACAGGGGGCAUACUUGGGUUUUCAGGGCCGAGACGUACGACACUAUGUUGGCUUGGUAUGAUGAUAUCAAAAAUCUCAUAGACAAGACCGGCGCCGAGCGGAAUGCUUUUGUACGUCGCCAUGCGCGCAGCGUCAGCGCUGGAAGUGCGCGCUCAGUAAGCUCCGACGGCGCCCUAGAAGAGGACGAGGCCGAUGAGGUUCCGUUUUCCGCGAAUCAGUCGAUGACAAACGAAGCCCCGAAAGAGAACUCUGGGCCGCCUGAACGACCUUCUCCAGGUGGGCGUUUUCCAAGCGAUGUCCAGAUCAGUCGUAACUUACAAGCUGCUUCCUCCAGUCGCAGCUCAUCGGAGGUCGGUCAUGAUAUAACCACCGCGUCUGGAGGAUUACAAGGUGCAUAUCCGCCUUAUCCCACCGAUUCCAAAGCCUACCAACAGGUUCAGCAGCCUCAGCAAAGUCAAGCCGCGUACGCUAAUCAUGAUGCCUACGGAUACAACGCAGAGAAUGCGUAUCAAAGCCCACCGCCUGCACUGGCGCCAAUGCAGACCCAGACAUCCUACUAUGCGAACAACAAUCCCCCGGCCAAUCCUGUCAAGAAUAAUUGUGAGCCAGCGCCGAACCCGUAUCAAGCUCCUAUUCAAGCGCAGGCAUAUGAACCCCAGCAAUAUGUGCAGCGACACGAUAGCACUUACGGGGACUGGAUGGCUCCCGCUGUCGGCGGAGCAGCCGCAGGGGCCUUGGGCGCCGAAGCAUACCAUCAAUAUGAACAGGGUCAACAACAGCAGCAACCUGUUCUAGUCAACGACUUCGCCCAAGACCACCUGACUCCAGAAGCAGUCCCUGAACGUCACCCUGAGCACACAGCUGCUCCAGUAGCCGUGCCCGUCUCAGCACCUGCUCCAAUUAUGGUUGAACCCGACAGCCUCGCUACGACCCCUGCGACAACCGACAAGUCUUUUUUAGACGAACCUGAGGCGGUUCCCGUCGCCGCCUCAUCCAGGGUUGCGAAUGGCGGAACGGUCUCUUCAGACACGAGCAAGGGGUUUCCCAGGAUGACGAGGAACAACACGGACAUUAGUGUUAGUGACCUACAUGUUCCGGGCGAGUAUCCGCGUGUCAAUGGCGCAUAA